AAUUCCUGACCUCGUGAUCCGCCUGCCUCCGCCUUCCAAAGUGCUGGGAUUACAGGCGUGAGCUACUGUAUUUUUAUUUGCCAAGUCUGGCGAUCCUAGUCUGGGACAUAAUCGUACUAAACAUAUUUAUAUUAAAAACAAUGUUUUCACAUACUAUUCUUGGACACUGUAAAAAACGGUUGCGUGUCUGGAACGUCCUCGUUUUGCCCAGCGGCCGCAUCGUACGUGGGCAUCCCCGCAGCCUCCCCCUUCUCCACAUCCGCCAGCAGUGCCCCCUACGCUGCGCUACCCGUUGCCAAGGCGACCGUAACCGCGGCCGGAGGUUACUGGAGGGCACGGCGGGGGCGGGGCGCUCACUCCAGGCGGCUUCUGACUGGCCCCGGCCGCCUCAUGCGUCACAGCCCCGCCCCUGCCCGGGAGUCCCGUGGCGCGUGACAUGUCGCCGACGCUCGGCGCGCUCUAGCGGACCAAUGGCGGCCGCCCGCGGCGCGCGGGGUGCCGGGAUGGGGUCCGCCCGCGGCGUGGGGCGCGCUCGCCAGCCCAGGGGUCGCCAUGACUGAGCGGCCCAGGCCCGAGCGAAGCCCGCGCGCGGUGAGUCCGCCGCGGCCCAUCCGUCCCUCCGCCCACCAGAGCGUCCAUCGGGACGCCCACCCGGGAGGGGCGCGGCGCCGUGUCGGCGGGAGCUGGCUCGGGAUUGCGGGCCAGGGGCGUGCGUCGGGGGAGACGGGCCCGGGCGGGGGCGGACCGGGCCGGGGUUCCAGAGCCCGUCCGGAGUCCUGAGGUCGCCGUAGGGGAGGGGAGGGGAAAGCUAGAGGCCACGCGGCGCGGGGGACUUGGGGGCUAGGGCCGCCCCUUCCUCAGGGACCCCGACCCCCGUUGGCAUCCGCCUGUCAGUUUGAGGCCGAAGCCCCUCUACGUACCCCCUUUGUCCGCCUAGACACCGCUCGGCCGCGUCCAAGUUCUCUCUUCCACACAUGAUCGGCAUCCCGUGACCUAUCUCCCUCCUGAACAGCUGCCCCCGGACCCAUCUCCCUCCCUACCAGCCCCCCGGGCCCAUCCCCCACUGGAACAGCAGCCCCCGACCCGUCUCCCUCCCUACAAGCUCCCCCGCCCGGGCCCAUCUCCCUCCUGAGGAGCCGCCGCGACCCAUCCCCCACCCGACCAGCCGUCGUCGUUGCCCCUCCCCCGUGUUCCCAGUGCACACUUCCCCAGCCCUUUUAUUAUGGAGCUCCCCCGAGUGGCAUCCUAAGCUCCCGACGCCCUCCCUACUCUAAGCCCCCUUCUCAGAGCCAGAGCCAUUCACUGACUGUCGCAGCGAACACGUCUACUAUGUCACUAAGCAUCCGCCAUCAGUGGCAAAGCCCUCCCGCCCAUCCCCACAAUAGAAUUUGGGGCUCGGGCUGCAGAUCUCAGUGCUCAUGUCAAGUGAACCUGGCCCUUCCACAGGCACUGAACCCUCCAAGUGACACUCUCUCACACACACAUAUCCCCAGCAUUCAUCCCAGACUCCCACCAAAGUAGACCUCUAGGACCCCAGGGCCACCACAGCAUUGCCCAUGGGGGGCCCAGAUCCUCCUCACCAGCCAUGUAGACCUCAGUCCCCUCCACAUCAUCGCAGGCCCUCUUCAUCUUCCAGAAGUGGCCCCCCGAUCAGGCCUGGACUCUCAUCAGCUCAGGCACCCCCACAUUGGCCCAGGUUUUCCUUCAGCCCCCAUAUAGACCCCAGACACACCCAUGGACCUCUGGUGCCUUCUGCUAAGACCUCCUCUUUACCCUCAUCCGGGAUAAACUUAGCCUCUCCUCCCACAGACCCCAGCCCAAGACCCUGGAGGAUGCUGAGGGGCUACAGCCCCUCUCCCUGCAGUCUCCAGUGUGAGCUGCCAUGAGCACCUGAGAGUGUAAGGUCUGAGGCCCCAGGGCAAAGGAACUUCUUGAACCUGUGGAGCUUCAAAAUGGGCCCUUUUUUCUUACUCAAAACUAUAUAUAUAAGAGCGUGAAUACAACAUAAGAGAGCAUUUUUGCCUGUGGCCUUGGCAGGGAAGACCAAGCUGGUAGUUUCCCAAUCAGGGUGCGGGUGGCUGGGUACGCUGACUCGAAGAUGGCUGGCUGGGCACAGUCCCCAUGAGUUGCCUUUUCUGCCACCCUGCACCACUCCUUUCUCCUGGAUUGUAAAACCAGAUGCACAAGAACUGCAGAGUGUAUGAAAAAUGCAGCAGAAGAUGAAGAGGGAAAAAUCCCAUGGAAUCCCUCCUUUUCAUUUGUCAUAAGCAUUUCCCAUACGGUUAAAAAUCGGUUAAAAAUCCUUCCUAAAGAUUUCUUGUUUUGUUUUUGUUUUUCCAUGUUGAUGAAGGUCACAUGGGAUCCUGACACCAUUUGGAGGAGAUUCAGAGAAGUAUGAAGAGCACAAAGCACUUGGCUGCCCCCCGUGGGCCUCUUCCCAGCACUCCCUUUCUAUGACACUCAUGCAUCAUCCUGCAUCCCAUGUUCCCUAUGCCUCAUGUCAUCUGUACAUCAUGUGUCUACUCCCCAUGGUCAUGUCAUGGUGUUGUGUACUGGACACAGUUGAAUACUCCCGUCACAUGAUGGGGAAGGCUCCUGAUUGCUGACUCUGCCCGCCUGCCACGCUGGCUGUGUCCGGAGCCACUGGGGAUCCAGUCCACACACACCCCUCAGACAGGCCCUGUGGCCAGAGAAAUGCUCCCACGGCCCAAAGCCCCUGCCUCCCCCAGACGCCCCCAGACCCCAACCCUGAGUGAGCAGGACGCGGACCCUGGGCCAGCAAGCCCCAGGGACACCGAAGCCCAGCGUCUGCGCUUCCGGCAGUUCCAGUACCACGUGGCGGGCGGGCCUCACCUCGCGCUGGGCCAGCUCUGGACGCUGUGCCGCCAGUGGCUGAGGCCCGAGGCGCGCUCCAAGGAGCAGAUGCUGGAGCUGCUGGUGCUGGAGCAGUUCCUGGGCGCGCUGCCCAGCAAGAUGCGGACCUGGGUGCAGUCACAGGGCCCCCGAAGCUGCAGGGAGGCCGCCAGCCUGGUGGAGGACCUGACACAGAUGUGCCAGCAGGAAGUUCUGGUAUCUCUGGACUCGGUCGAACACCAGGACUGGAGUUUCGGUGAGGAGGAAGAUGGGAAGAGUCCAAGGUCCCAGAGAGAACCAUCCCAGGCGUCUGAGCUGAUUCUGGAUGCAGCGGCAGCAGCCCCGGCACUCCCUGAGGAAAGUGAGUGGCUGGAGCCCACCCAGCUCCCGCAGAGUCUGCACACCAGGGCGGAGGCCGAGGCGCCCCGUGCCCCUGGCUUGCUGGGGUCCCGGGCCCGCCUGUCUCUGAAGCCAUGUAUCUGGGACGAGCCUGAGGAUCUUCUCGCAGGACCCUCCUCAGACCUGCAUGCAGAAGGGGCUGUGAUCUCAGGCCUCAAGGGUCUGAGUGCUCAGAGAAUCAGUCCCCGAAGGAGAAACAGGAACACUGACCAGAGCGGCCGCCACCAGCCAUCCCUCAAGCACACCAAAGGUGGCACCCAAGAGGCUGCUGCAGGGGUCUCGGCAACGCUGUGUGGGCCCCGAGGUGGGCGGCCCUUCCAGUGUGCCGACUGCGGGAUGGUCUUCACCUGGGUCACCCACUUCAUCGAGCACCAGAAGACCCAUCGCGAGGAAGGGCCCUUUCCGUGCCCCGAGUGUGGCAGGGUCUUCCUGCACAGCUCUGUCCUUGCUGAGCACGGCAAGAUCCACCUGUUGGAGCCACCCAGGAAGAAAGUCCUGCGGAGCAAGGGCCCCCGGGAGUCUGCCCCACCCAGGGAUGGAGCCCAAGGCUCAGUGGCCCCUCGCAGCCCCAAGAGACCCUUCCAGUGUAGCGUCUGCGGGAAGGCCUUCCCCUGGAUGGUCCACCUCAUCGACCAUCAGAAACUCCACACGGCCCAUGGCCACAUGUGAAUGGCCAGCCUCAGGUCUUGGCCACCUGGCUCUGAGUCCCUGGGGGGCACCGAUGGUCCCCAGAAGAUGGGGCACAUCCCCCAGCCCCACCAACCCCUGGCCACCAUGGGACUCCUCUUGAAGGACACAGACUGCUUCUCAGAAGAUCCUGGACACCUGCUCCAGAGCCGAGCAUGGCUUCCCAGGAUCUCGGCCAAGAAGCAGCAGUUCCACAGCAAAACCUGGUCAGUCCUGCACACUGUGUUUUGCAAGUGGCUUGAAGAGGAGUUUCAUUCGCGUCUCGUCUUUCAGAAGCCUUGUCCAGGUCUCCCUGUGAGCACCUGACUCAGGGGCAGACUCUGCCGCUGGGUUUUCAUUUCACUGUGGAUAUCCCUGAGGCCAUGAGGGCAGGAGCCGGCCUGGGCAGCUCCAACUCCAGAGAAGGGUACAGCUGACCCCGGCUGCCCUCCCGCCAGCUCAGCCCCCUUGGAACCUAACAGAUAAACAGGGUUUUGUUUUUUUUCCUUUUUUGGGAAACAUACAAUUUACCAUUUCAGUCAUUAAAAAUGCACAGUUCAGUGGCAUUAAACACAUUCACAACACUGUGCAACUACCAGCACUCUCUAGCUCCAAAGACAUUUUCAUCUUACCCAGAAAGAGAGCCCACAGGCCUCAGCACGCCUUCGCCAUUCCGCCUGCCCUUACAACCAGAAUCUGCUUCCUGUCUCUAAGGAUUUCAGGCGCAGUCUUUAGGCCUGACCAAAACUGACCUGCCUAUAUUUUGUUUGACUUACAGAAAGAGUUUUUUUUGAGAUAGAUGCCAACAUUUGUUUAAACCAUAAAAACCUGGCAUUCUGGUCUGCCAGGAAGAACCAAAUGGUCUCCAAAGAGUGGAGCCGCCUCUCCUAAUAGACUGGAGCAGAAGUGGGCAGGCAGUGAGGUCACAGCAGGGAGCCAGCCUCAGAUUCAGCGUCUCACCCAUCCCCAACUCAUUGUUGCUGGACACUUGUCCUCUUUCAAGCCUUAAAAGUUUUUGUCUUUUUCUUUUUCUCCUCCCAACUUCACUUUGAAACACAGUGUUGGGCUGACUGUGAAUCUGCACAGGCAGACAUUUUUCCAAGUCGCCUUCUAACUCAAAAGCCUUUGGACCUACCCACGUCACAUCCGCCUGCUGCUGAUUCUCAACCAAUCUGCCCCCACUCUCGGCCUCUGUCCCCGACGGCCCUCACGGGCUGUGCAGGUACCACGGACCCGCCGCUGCCUUCACUUCAUCCUCGCUGCCAUGCUUGCCUUCUCACGCUUGCCUUCUGGAGCGCCCCCAACCGGGCCUCUGGACUUUGCUUCCCCGGCUCCCUCCGGCAUCCCCAGCUUUUCCCUGCAGUCCCCACUGGGGGCUCCUGGCUCUAUCCUAUGCCUUAAUUGCUGAUGGGCUCCAGCUCCCCUCCUGGGGCUUUCUCUCUCAUCCUGCAAAGGAGGAGCUUCUUCUACCGAGCUCAGGAUGGAGGGUGGGGUCUUGGCCCCGCAGUAAGCCCAUUACUCUCGGAAGCCCCCCUGAGCCUUCUCUCAGGGGCAGAUCGAUCAUCUCGGACAACGGGAUAUGUAGAGAUAGCUCUCCCGAGUGUCCCCACUUGUUGGGAGCCAGGGGCUCAUUCCAUGCAGUUUCCAUCUCGGUCUCCACCUGCUAGAGGCACAGUCACAGAUGUUUGUUGGUGCCAGAAUUGCACCAGAAAGUGGGUGCCAUUGAACACAGGGCAUCAGUCAGGCUCAAGUCUACCUGGGCUGGCCCCACAGACAUCCAUCUCGUGUCCCUCAGUCCUCCAAUUGAGUUUGUCCAAAUAACUCAUCUUUCCUUGUGCAAAAACAACAAAAAACAUGCAAACUGCCUCCCCUCUGGGGUUCCCACUCUCCUCAGAGGGACCACCACCUUCCAAGGCCCCAGAAGGAUUUUUGAUUGCCCUGGGAACCCACCUCCCAACCCCUCUCAGUUCUCUUUUCUCCUCUGCACCAUCAGCCCCAGGCUCUCUCCCCAUUUCUUGAAUGCCUGCAGCUGCCUCUAAGCAAACUCUGCCUCCAGCCCGUUCCCUCGGCCCCAUCCCCAUCCUGCAGCCAACAGGGUCCCUCUAAAAUGCAGACACUGAAAAGACAAACCCCAGCAGGGCAGCUCCAUUGUGUCUUUUGUGGCCCUGCUGCCUCCACAGCUCCCAGCACUGGGAUGGUGGAGGCUGGUGUCCUUAACUCACUGUGUCUCUGCCUAACUCCACACUGCCUCUCACCCUGGCCUCCUCCUGUGCCUAGAACAGUCUCCACUGCCACACUUGACCACACUCAGCAUACAACAGGCCCUGCAGAGUGAAGGGAUGACUCAAUGAGUGAGGGGAAGUCCCUGUGGAGAUAACUGAGACACCGUUGUGGGCUGCAGUUUCCAGCUGGGGAAGCCUCCCUCAACCUCUGAGGGGAGGUGGGCCACCCCUGGAGGGCCACUCUCACGCGCUCCACCUUAGCUGACAGAAGCAAGGACGUGGCCCAGGGUCCUGGAGCAGUUGUGGCAGCUGCCGCAACUCACGAAAGCCACCACGUUGUGUUCUUCGCCCAACCUGCCCAGUCCCAAGACCCUGCCUGAGCUGCAGUGAGACACAGCGCUAGCCCCUCUCUUCUCUUUAGGUUCACCCCAGCUGUGGAAGCCCCAGCACCUCAGCACGCCUCCCUCACCCUGUGCCUUCCUCUGCCAGCACUCCCCAAAGACCCCAACACCCCCAUCAUAAUGUGCCCCAGUCUCCUGUCCUCCAGCCCUUGUCACAGGAGCUGUGAGCCCAGCCCUGGGCACUUAAUGCUCUGGAAGACCGGAGUCUCACAGGUCACCUUUCUCCCUGGCAGCCAGGGUCUCUUGGGUCAGAGGAGGGCUGGGCACUGCUAGGUUUUGAAGCUCUCAAAAAAAAAUUUUUUUUAAGGGAGAAAUAUGUCCAGCGAGCUGUAACUGUCACAGUAUCACAGUAUAUUUUAAAUGUAUAUGUUGAACAGAUUAGCUUUUUAAACAUUAAACAUACAGCAUGACACAGUUCUGCUAUCCAUGCUGUGAUUGCAGGAUUGCUUGGAAGCUGCACAUCAGUGGGAGGUCCUGUCCCAGGACCUGCUCAUGGUGGGCGGUCCUGUCCCAGGCCACACAGAGAGGCAACCAGCAAUGCUCUGCUUGGAGAUUCGGACAGGAAGCCAAGAACGAGCUGAGAAGGGCCCAGCCAGUGGUUACGAGAGAGCAGGAGGUUCAGACCACAGCAAGGGUGGCACCGGAGUAGCCUCCAGCUCAUCUUAUUUGACUGGUAGUGUUAUUAAAGCCUUUGAAAUCCCUACCAGCUUUUAAAAAUCAAGAGAUUUCACACAGAAAUCACGAUCUCUGGGUUCUUUUGAGAAAUCCAGACCUGGGACGCUGGGCUUACCAGUCUGCAAGACCCCACUUGGCUGGAGCCAAGCAGCACCUGCCCCUGUAGAAAGAGCCCGCCCCUGCUGGCAUGUACGGUUUAGAAACCUGGCUGAGAAAAACCGAGGAUCAGAAGGUCUGAGGAAGGAAACAGAGGGGCAAGUGUGAGGGAGCUGGGCAGGGCCGCCUGGCCACCAUCAGGGCUGAGCAAGCUCAGUGUGGCACCACCGACAGCUUCUCACCAGGACUAUCAGACCGCUUGGGAAAAAGACUUCACCAUAAGUUGUAUGUUCAUACCUUUUGAUCCAGUAAAAGGAAACGGGUGAGGAGGUGGGGUGGGGGCAGGGGACAAAAGAGUAUACAUUUUGUGAAAGAAAAAAAUAGACACACAAAAUGUUUUGUGGCAUUUGGGUUUGUGAGUGAGAGAACUGAAAAAUGGCAUUUUAUGUACAAUGGAAAGCCUCUUUACUGCAGUAGAGUGAAAAGCAGGCUGGCUUUCAGUGUGACGGUCACUAAUGUGGGGCUUUACAGCUCUUGGAACGUACAGGACACCCUUAAAAGCCAAGAAGCUUGCCUUUGCUUUGUUUACAUCAGUGCAUUAUGAUUUUGAGCCAUUAUAUCUCUUCAUAAUUGCCACUGUUUUAGGGCUUAUGACAUUUAAAGUCUUAACUUAUGUGUCAACCAGCUAAAUCUUUUCAAGUGUCUGUGUGUGGUAUGAGAAUUCGUAUUGUGUUCUCUGCUGUUUUCAGAGUUCUGUCAAAGAAAAAAAAAUGCCCCUGUCUUAAAACUUUUUCGAAGCUUCAAAUACAGUUCCCAAGCCCAGGCUGAUUGGAAUUAAUCAGUCCUCUCUUAAAAGGGCAAAAGCACAAGGCUCAGCCCUGGCUUUCCCAGCUCCUCUCGCCUGGCUGCUCCAUGCACGUGUGAUGUAUGCUGGUGAAACGAAGCCCGCUUGAAUGGGGGCUUCGCUACUGUGUGCUGCUGAACCUGGGCCUAGCGCCUGGCAGGCUUUGGUGAAUGUUCAAAAAAUGACAAUUCAUUUCGUGUCCGCAAGAACAUACCAGCUUUGAAUAUUAUGCUGCUGUUCAAAUGCACAAUUUUGACUACCUAGCAAUGUCCGAAGUCGUCACAAUUGUUAGCGUCUUGCACAUUGUGUUCCUUAUAACCAUGUAAUAAAUACAGCAGGAAGUCUC